AUAGUAGCUUGGAAAUCAGCUGACAUUGUAAUUCGUUCACACGCAUUAUCUUUAAACUUAUACAGUACAAUAUUAAAAGCAAAUAAUGGAUAUCUAUAAUUUAAACACGUAUCAUCAAAUAUUGGAUCAAGUAUAUUCCCAGAGUAUUAAAAAAAAUGAAGAAUCCAUAAAAACAUGGACACAGUACAGAGAUAGGCAUAAAAAAGUCAUUGAAGGACUGCAAACAAUUGUGAAUGAUGUAUCUGUAAAUUGUGUAGUACCUUUAGGCAAACGAGCAUUCAUGAAGGGUAAACUUACUCACACAAAUGAAAUUCUUGUUUGCAUUGGCGAUGGAUACUUUGUGAAAUAUAGUUCUCAUCAAGCUGUUGAAUUAUGCAAUCGAAGGAUAAAGCGUGCUGAGAAAAUGUUAGAAGACCUAGAGAAGGAAAGAAAUUUAUUUGAAACACGCCAAAUGUUUCCUUUAAGUAUGGGUGCAUUUGAAUCCGAUGAUUGUAAAGAUAUUAAUGAAUACUGGGAUGAUAAGAAAAUAGAAGAUUGGAGAAUUGAACACAGAAAGAAGGAAAAAGAAUAUAGACAAAAGUUGAUUGAGUUAAAAAAUAGUGAAAAGAAAGAGAUUGUAACAGAAGAGGAUUUAUUCAAAAGGCUUGAUGAAUUAGAACUUGAAGAGGAACUAUCUGAUGAAAUUAAUAGAUUGGAAGGAAAAUAUGAUGAUGGUUCUGAUCAAGAUCAAUCAAGCAUGGAAUCAGAAGAUGAACCAAGAGGAAAUGCAACUGAAACUGAAGAUGAACAAAAUAGUAAGGAAAUAGAGUCAUUGCCUAUGCAAUCAAAUAAUCAAACUUUCAUUGAAUCAGUAACAGAAACGAGUCUCAAAUCAGAAACAAUCGAGAAACCUCCCGAAAGUAUGACACAAGUAAAGGAUAAUUCGGCAAUUAGUGAUAACCAAUCAGAAAGUUUAUCAAAAUCAACUGAUCAUACGGCAGUGACAAAUAAGCAAUCCGAAAAUUUGCCAAAAACAAGUGCUGAUAUAGAAAUUAACGUUAAGCAACCUAAAAGUUUACCAAAAACGACAGUUAGCCAAAUACCUAAAGUCGUAUCACCUGUCAUCAUUGACAAUAAAAUAAACGGAAAAUUCGAAGUAUCCAUUAUAAGUGAAGAUGAGAUAGAAAGAACAUUGAGACCACCGAUAUCUCGUUCGCCAUCGAAGUCAACCUCAUUCAUUGAAGAAACAAACAAAAAAUUCGACGAGUCACCCAUGUCAGAUAGCAAUAUUGAAAGAUCCAAAAGUUCUAGUAGAAGAGUAUCCUUUGCCGAGCCUCAUUUCGUAGAGUGGCAACCACCUGACGAGCAUUCUGAAGAAUCGAAUCAAGCAACUGCCAGUGACGUAAAGUCAGAUGAAGAUAACGAUGAAGAGAAUUUGAUAAAGAUUGAAUUCAAACAUUCCGACAAAUUACCCAGCGCGGAUAAAGGUAAAGAAGGUGAAAUUUUAAGUCCAGACGACGUUUAUCACAUGUUCAGCACACCAAAAUCCAUUCUCAAGAAGAACUUCGAACCGUAUCAACACGUCAGAAGAGUGCCAUUGAUCGAUGAAACUUCCGACGAGGAGUACCACAUCGAGAUUGACGAUGCUGUUAAGUCCACUUACAAUUUGGUGGUAAAAGAUAUUAAGGAGAGGAAAGUCGGGAGGGGAAAGAGUGCAGAUUCAAACGAAGCAACAAGUACAAAGAGGCCAGUCAGCAGGUUCAAGCUCGAGCGAACCAAUUUGAAGAAUGAUAAUAAUAAACGUUGAAGAAUAUAAUGUAAAGUCUUGUUAACGGUUCGUAUUAACUUUAAUAAAGCGAA